GGGCCGUGGUGUUUUGGCCUGCUGCCUUACAUGGGCAAACCUCUGAACUGACUGGAAUUUCACCACGUGACGUCACUGCCUACAACUCUCCCAGAAUUUGGAUCAAGAAGUUUCACUUUUUUUUGGUGGGAUUUCAGCCUCUCUCAUAUUUCCUAGAAAGCGAGAUUAAAAACUACUGGAAAGAGCUUCAGUUGGCUUCCAGACGUCCAUAAGAUUCAAAGAGAAGGAAACAAAAGAGGUGUGUUACCUGUAAUAUCCACCAUCACCAGUGUUAAUAUUUGGAACCAUGUGGAACCCAGCAAAUGACCAGACAGGACAAGUGGCUGCCAGGAUGGAGACUACUCCGUCUCUGGGGAGUGCCAGCAUCUCUGUCUCUCAGCAGCAGUCACCCAAGAAAUUUGCCCCUGUAGUCGCACCCAAGCCCAAGUUCAACCCUUAUAAACAGGAAGCUGCCUACUCAGACCCUGCAGCGGACUACCCUCCCCCGCCGCCACCUGUCGAAGACUCGGCCAGUUUCCCAUCAUCCCCUGGUUCCUUCCCCCUUCCACCACCGGCAAACUCUUACGAUUAUCAGGUUAAAGGACCUGAAAAGACCCUGGAGGAGCGGCGCUCCAGUCUGGACGCAGAGAUUGACUCCCUCACCAGCAUCUUGGCUGACCUGGAGAGCAGCUCGCCCUACAAGCCACGAAGCACACAAAAUGCUGGGUCAUCAGCUGGCCCCACCCCCAGUACUCCAGUGACUGGUUAUAAGCGCAUGGUCAUCCCAACUCAACCACCUUUGACUGCUACCAAGAAGUCAACCCCCAAACCUCAGGCUUCAGGAGGAGUCUCAUCCAUCCCACCUUCCUCCGUCAGCCCAGUGGCCAAGCCACAGAGCCAAAUGGCUCCUCAGCCCGUCCCUGCUUCCUACACCACAGCAUCAACCCCAAGCCAGCCUACUUUCAACGUCCAGGUGAGGUCGGCCCAACCCGGUCCCCAGCACCAAGCCCCAUCUGGGCACCAUAUCGGUCAACAGCCGAUUCGCAGUCCUGCACAGGUUCAGUACAUGCCUGCUCAGCCCAGAGGUCCUGACUUUGCUUAUGGACCACCACAGCCUGGAUUCUCACCGAUGGUGCAUCAAGAACAGCUACACCCAGGAGCACCCCAAAUGGGUGGAGUCGGUUCCAGAAGACCUGACCCAGUGCCGUCCCAAGCAUACCAGCCUCCAGGCCCCAAAAAGACCUACAUCACAGAUAUGCCUCCAAGCUUGGCUUCAUACACCUCUGGACCAGCCGUUCCACCAAAGGGCGGCAUUCCCAUGGCUCAUCCAGAGGAUGAACUAGAACGUCUCACCAAGAAGAUGCUGUUUGACAUGGACCACCCUCCAUCCGAGGAAUAUUUUGGGCGCUGUGCCAGCUGUGGGGAGAAUGUGGUGGGUGAAGGCACCGGCUGCACCGCCAUGGACCAGGUCUUCCAUGUGGACUGCUUUGUGUGCAUGACCUGCAGCACCAAGCUGCGUGGCAAGCCCUUCUACGCUGUGGAGAAGAAAGCGUACUGUGAGCCCUGCUACAUUAACACCCUGGAGACCUGCACCAUCUGCAGUAAGCCCAUCAUGGAGCGCAUCCUGCGGGCUACGGGGAAGGCCUACCACCCUCACUGCUUCACCUGCGUGGUGUGCCACCGCAGCCUGGAUGGCAUCCCGUUCACCGUGGACGCCUCCAACCACAUCCACUGCAUCGAGGACUUUCACAAGAAGUUCGCUCCGCGCUGCUGCGUGUGCUCUCAGCCCAUAAUGCCGGCGCCCGGCCAGGAGGAGACCGUCCGCAUUGUGGCCCUGGACCGUGACUUCCACGUGCAGUGUUACCGCUGCGAGGACUGUGGCUCUCUGCUCUCAGAGGGGGACAACCAGGGCUGCUACCCGCUGGAUGGACACGUCCUCUGCAAAAACUGUAACACCAACCGCAUCCAGGCCCUCACCGCCAAGGCCACCACUGACCUCUGAGCAGCCAGCCACCCAGUCACCUCCACUGUGAUAAGCCCAGCACAUGCUCUCUCUUUCCUUUCUCUUGCAAAUCCACAGAAGCCUCUUCCACCAUAUACACACACAGUAUAUCCUCUAUAUUUCUGAUCACUUUAAGGUACCAGAAAACACCGUCACAAGUUCACAGACAAUCAUGUAGCUACUGACUUGGUACAAUCUCUGCCAAGGGGCAGUUAUAUGCUAUUUAAUGUUUUUUUUUUUUUUUUUUUUUAGAAAAUACAUAGUUCACCUACACCCUUCCUGGUGCAGGAGAAGAGAUCAGCUUCACCUUACCCCUUCAUGUUUGUAGGCUAAAUAUGCAGCUAGUUAGCAUAAAGACGGGAAGUGGAGGGUAACAGAUGGCCUGGCUCUGUGUACAAGUCUUCCUGUACAGAUCAGAUCUCCACAUCCAUCUGUGCACAGUGCUGCAUCACAACACUGCACCCCACGCUGAGUCUUUCAGUCCGGCUGCACAUGCAUGCAUGAACCCGGUGUUCAUCUCCUGCAGCUAACUGUUAGACACAACCAGCCUGAGGGUGAGGUUUUGUUUGUGUAACUACCCCGCGACCAGAAUUCCAAAACAUUUCUGCAUAUCCUGAACACCAAAGACGUCAUUUACACCCCCACAGUUGUCUACUUAUUAUUAUUAAAGUGUAUUAAAUUCUUUUUAUGUUAUACUGAUCCGGGCCAUCAGAAGUACAGACAGUUAUUUCCACCAUCAAGACCUGAAUCAUCAACAGGCAGCUGGUGGAUGCAAAUAUUUCUGACACAUAAUUUCCUUUGGACUUCCUCACUGGAUACUCUUCUCUUGUAUGCAGUAGAUUAUUUUCAGUGGGCCUCAACAGCACAAUCAUGACAUCCUGUUCAUUUAAACGCAGCCCUGUAUUGAUAUUUGAGUGUAAUUUUAAUCUUUUUUGAGCAGAAAAUUUUGUGACUUCCUCCAUUUAUCUUGCCAGAAAGUAGACUGUGCAGAGAUAAGGAAUAUUACACGGCUAUGCAAUUUUCAAUUUUAAGUGCAUUGACACUUUAUAAGUAAUUUUAUGUCUAAGGAAAUAUUUUACCUGUACAUAUUCAAGUUUAAAUGUCCUUAGAGCACCCUUUAAUCCAAACCAUGCUGUUGGUACUGUGUGAUUUUGUGCGUCCCUGUUGUCGUCAGUAUUGACUCAUCUGUUAUAUGUAGUGUUUAAAGUUGAUGGAGAAGAAGGGACCGUGGCAGUUUGUUUUUUUUUUUAAUUAUAAAAGGGUUUAAUUAUUUUGUUAAUCCAGAAGUUUUUUGGACCAACAGAGCAACAGCUUAAUCUAAUUGCUGUAGUUUUACCUCUGACAGGGAGCUAAAGGGACCCUGUGGAGAUGUUUUUAUUUUAGUUGAAUCCUGUAUGCAUACCUGGUUAAAGAGGGUGGAGCCAGACAAGGUGACAUUCAGAGAUUUUCAGGACAUUUUAGUCUUUUUAACACAUCACAUGUAAACUGUCUAUGUACAGAAAGCAGGACGUGAUACAGACAUGACGCAGUCAAACUGUUUACUGGUUCAAAACACAGUAGUGAUGGUAGACGAAGCUCUUGCAUUGUCGACAUUAGUGCUACAAUGAGCAGACUAGCUAGUUUACAUGAGUCAACCACCAACAUGAUGAUUUGCUGCAAGUUAUCAUAGAUUGAAAUUAAAGUAAAAAAAAAGAGAAUGAAGCUGAAACUCACCAUCACACACACGAUCACCUGCUGUCUGAUGAUCGUGUGUGUGAUGGUGAGCGUUUCGGUCGGAGGUUGGGUGGACAAUCUCUUCAAGAAGCAUCCCUGAAGGUCACUACAACAUUUGUUGUGUGAAAACAGAAACUCUGCAUGAAGCGGUCGACAUUUGAGCCAAACACAAACACAACGCUGUAGGCUGCUACACAAACAACUGCAGCACAGUGAGACAAACCUACAGAAUAAAUAAAAAUGGACUCAAAAAAUACGGUGAAAUAACAAUAACUUGUCAAAUUAAUGCAAUAAAAUGUAAAAAUGAACAAAUUAAUUACAUUAUUACAUAUGCAGCAGUGGCUUAGUGGCUCUUUUAGUUGGGGAGAUUGAACUCCUGACUUUAUUUUUUUUGUUGUUGUAUUCAACUGAUUUACAGUCAGAAUCAAUGAAUGCAGCGAAGAAGAAUAGAAGCUAGCAGCCACUUCAAUAACAAUCGACUUUCUGAAUUUAAUCAGAAAGAAAGUUAAAAUAAACAAACUCAGAAAACUCCACAGGGUCCCUUUAUGUCCUCAAUAAAUUCCAACUAAUUACGAUUUAGCAGUUUUUUAACAGGAUUAGUUUACAGUGAGCCUCGAUCAUGUUCUACGACAGUGUUUUUUCCAGGCCUUGUUUGUGUUUGUUUUGUGUACAUGGAUGUUUAUUUUAAUCCUCUUUUCUUUCCUGGUCUCUUCACACAGUGGGACAAACAAAUAAUCAUCUGAAACCAGAUCAGCUCGUCCGGUUUCAGCAAUUUGACCGUGGCAAUAUUGUUACCAUGGAAACCCUGUGUAAAUAACUCUGCUAAUGAAGCUGUUGAAUUAACACUGAGUGCUGUAACUAUACUUAUCAAACCUUUGCAAAAUCAAAAAAGGCUCAAAUUUUGGAUUUAAGAGUCACAGAAGUAAUUAAAGAGGACGAGAUGGUCCACUGGUUUCGUGAAGUUAGCUUGUUGCAGACGGUCGUGUAGAAACUCCAGACCAGAACGAGAUUUGUUUUAGUUUUGCAGCAUGCACCCUUUACUUGAAAACAAAUUUGAAAACACAUUUCUACUUCUCUUUGGAAACUUUGAUUUAAUUCUAUUUGACUGCACUGAAAUGCAAAAAUAUAUACUGUGUAUAUUGUAUAUAUAUAUAUAUAUAUAUAUAUAUAUAUAUAUAUAUAUACACAUACACACACACACAAAUGUCACACUGAGCCAUUUUUGUAGAUUUUUUUUAAAAUACCGUGCCAUGCAUUUUAUUAAUACAGGGAAAAAAUCUAGAAAAACAAGUGACUUUAUAUGAAAAGCUGCAAACUGUUCAGUAAGCAGCUAAUUUUAUCAAUAAAGACAAAUGACUUGUGCUGGUUUGAACAGAGAUAAGUGUUAGCACGUUAACAUGUUAGCAGCAGCUUCAUUGGCAGAGCGUUCUGCGGUCUGGACCAUCUGAACACGUCUCACGUCUUUGAUGCUUCAAAUAAUGUAUGACAUGAAUCCUCUGAAAGGUCUUGUUGCUACGACUGUGAAGAUGAGCAGUAAAUGUCUUUUUUCAUUUUCUAAAAAGUUUGUUGAGUGUGUUUGUUGUGUUGUUUACUCUUUGUUCCACCGUUGUUUGUUAAAGUGCCUUUGGCAGAGCAGUGUUGAAUCACUGCACUGCUGCUGUGUAUUUCAUAUUUGCCUCAAAGAUGUUGCCUUAUUUACUAGUUUUUACCAAAGUUAAGAAAGAGGUUCUCUUUUCUUGUUGUUUUAUUUUUGUUUGUUUUUUUUUGGGGGGGGGGCAACUUUGAAUCCACACACUCGAUGUUUCCAUCAGGUUGGGUGCUCCAGCCUGCAGCUGUUUGCAGUGGUGUGAGGAUGAAGCUGCUGUUAAAGCAUCUGCUGUGGAUCUGUAGACGAGGCAUCAUGUAGUCUUGUGUUUUUUUCUUUCUUCAAUAAAAGCUUUUGAGCAGCA